GGUAUUAGAGCCUAUUCCUGAAAAAUUCCAUGGCUUCCGAAAAUUAUGUCCAGCCCUCAAUCCCUCGUUUUGAUGGUCAUCACUACGACCAUUGGAGUAUGUUGAUGGAGAAUUUUCUCCGGUCCAAAGAGUAUUGGACCAUUGUUGAAGUUGGAGUUCUAGAACUAGUGGCAGGUGCAAAUGAUGCACAGAGGGCAGAAAUUGAGAAGGAAAAGUUGAAGGAUCUCAAGGCUAAGAACUAUUUGUUCCAAGCCAUAGAUCGGGCUAUCUUGGAAACAAUUCUUAACAAGUCUACUUCCAAGAAUAUUUGGGAUUCCAUGAAGAAGAACAAUCACAUGUGUGGAGACAAAUCUGCGUUUUCAGAUUUGGAUGAGUCUUGUCAAGACAAGGUGAAAUUUGACGAUAAUUCCACUAUUGCAAUCAAGGGAAGGGGAAAGGAAAAAGGAUAUGAAAUCCUUAUUAAAGAUGGAGUUUGCCAAAUUCAUGAUUCAAAGCUUGGCCUGAUUGCAAAGGUCAAGAUGAUGGGAAAUAGGUUGUUUCCAUUAUACUUGCAGACCACAAAUCUGUCAUGUUUAUCUGCCAGAUUAAAGGACACAACUUGGUUAUGGCAUUGCCGAUUUGGACAUCUUUAUUUUGGUGGGUUGAAAGCUUUGCAACAGAAGAAGAUGGUAAAUGGUCUUCCUCAUUUUGAUUCUCCAUUAGAAAUUUGUGGAAUUUGCGUGGUCAGUAAGCAGCAUCGUGACAGCUUUCCUAAAGACAGAUCUUGGAGAGCAAAGCAGGUGCUAGAUCUGGUUCAUUCUGAUUUGUGUGGACCCAUAAAUCCAACAUCCAAUGGAGUCUUGGCUGAGAAUGAGGUUGGCAGAUCUGUAAAGGUUUUGCGGACAGAUCGUGGUGGUGAGUUUAAUUCAAAGGAAUUUGUAGAUUUUUGUGAGUCCAAUGGCAUUAAAAGGCAACUCAUAGCAGCCUACACACCUCAGCAGAAUGGUGUAUGUGAGAGGAGGAAUCGCACAAUCAUGAAUAUGGUGCGAAGUCUGAUGUCAAAGAGCAGCUUGCCUAAAGAGUUUUGGCCAGAAGCUGUUAAUUGGAGUGUUCAUAUCUUGAACAGAAGUCCCACAUCUCCACUUCCAGAUUUGACGCCAGAAGAGGCUUGGAGUGGACGUAGACCUGCUGUUGAUUACUUCAGAAUUUUUGGAUGCAUAGCAUAUGCACAUGUGCCAGAUCAGAAAAGGAGUAAGCUUGAUGACAAAGGGGAAAAGUGUAUUUUCCUUGGUGUUAGUGAUCAGUCUAAAGCUUACAAAUUAUACAAUCCUUUAACCAAGAAGGUCAUCAUUAGCCGUGAUGUAGUGUUUGAUGAAGCAAGCACUUGGUCUUGGACAGAAAAAUCUGGGCAACAGAUUCCUGUAGAUUUCGAAAAUGGAGAAGAUUUGACUGUGCAGAACUCAGAAGGUCAAACUUCAGCAGAUCUCGAGGUUUCAAGACAGACAGUUGAAGAAAUUCUGCCUAUAGAAGUAGAGUUCAGUACUGGAGAAAAUUGUGAUCCCUUAACAUAUGAAGAAGCUGUUAAAGAAGAAAAGUGGCAAAAGGCCAUGGCAGAAGAAAUUGGUUCUAUUGAAAGGAACCAGACUUGGGAGUUGAUAGAUCUUCCAGAAGGGCACAAAAUAAUUGGUGUUAAGUGGAUCUACAAGACAAAGCUUAAAGAGAAUGGGACGGUUGACAAAUUCAAAGCUCGCUUGGUGGCAAAGGGUUACAAGCAAGAGUUUGGCAUUGAUUAUCAAGAAGUUUUUGCUCCAGUUGCAAGGACGGAUACCAUCAGAUUGGUAUUUAUUGAUCAACCUCCUGGUUAUGUGAAAUCUGGUUCUGAGCAUAAGGAAGUUCUGGACAGAUUUCAAAUGAAGAACUGCAAUUCUGUCACUACACCAGUUGACAAAGGUGUAAAGCUCGUGAAAGAUCUAGGAGGCAAAUCUGUGGAUAGCAAACUGUAUAAGCAGAUUGUUGGAAGUAUGAUGUAUCUGACAGCAACAAGACCAGAUAUAAUGCAUGGUGUAAGUCUGAUUAGCAGAUAUAUGGAGCAUCCAAAGGAGUUGCACUUGCAGACUGCUAAAGAAUUCUCAGGUAUUUAUGUGGAACUGCGGAUUUUGGACUAUUCUACAAGAAGGGUGACCAGACAGAUCUCGCAGGCUUUACAGACAGUGAUUAUGUUGGAGAUCUGGAUGACAGAAAAAGCACUUCUGGGGAAGAUGUUGAUCAUGUUUGCACAUCUUGCAGCAAGUCUCAAGUUUUGUGGCUCCGAAUAUGCACCAAACUGUCCUGAAAAUGUUGAUCCCUUAGGAUUCUCACUACCAUCUGGGCAGCUUGUAUUACAAGAUAUGGUGUCAUCUUCAACAAUGCUUACUUGGCAUGAAGACAGAUUUUUUGAUCUUAUCCAAUCAAAGUCCUACACCUGGAUCAAAGGGAAGGCUUCGAAUUCUGCUCGUCUUUAGCAAUUGGUGCCUCUGCCCUAAUUUGUACUUGUAAUAAAAUUUUCUUAGCUUA